CCACCAUCUCCUGCACCCUCCUGUGUGUCUAUGAAGAGUGACCAGUCCAAGAUGUCAGCAGGGAUUAAUUUUAAAGAAGGGGACUCUUCACCCCAACAGAUGGAGGAGUUUGUGUCCAAGAGGAGACCACCCUCUCCUGUACCCUCCUGUGUGUCUAUGAAGAGUGACCAGUCCAAGAUGUCAGCAGGGAUGAAUUUUAAAGAAGGGGACUCUUCACCCCAACAGAUGGAGGAGUUUGUGUCCAAGAGGAGACCACCCUCUCCUGUACCCUCCUGUGUGUCUAUGAAGAGUGACCAGUCCAAGGUGUCAGCAGGGAUUAAUUUUAAAGAAGGGGACUCUUCACCCCAACACUCUGCCCGGGUUGAGGAUUGCCACUCUGCUGUAGCAAGCCCUUGUGAGCCCUUGAAGAAACCAGAACUCACACUUUCAGGACAUUGCCAGCUCAAUGAUCACAGACAGCAAAUCCAUCAUGUGCGGGAAAUGCAGCAGAACCACAAGUCUCAUCUGCAGAAGAGGUUUCAGUGUCUGAUUGAGGGCAGCAUAGAUCAGGGAAACUCCACAGAUCUGAAUAAGGUCUACACAGAUGUCUACAUCACAGAUAGGGGGAGGAGAGAGUUCAAUGAUGAACACGAGGUCAGACAGAUAGAGAGAGCUUCCUGGAGAGAAGAAGAACUAGAGAGAGCAGUCAAAUGCAAUGACAUCUUUAAACCUGGAUCUGGACAAGACAAACCCAUCAGAUCAGUGCUGACUAAGGGAGUGGCUGGUAUCGGAAAAACGGUCUCUGUGCAGAAGUUCAUUCUAGACUGGGCUGAAGGGAAAGCCAAUCAGGAUGUCCACUUCAUAUUUCCUUUUCUUUUCCGGGAGCUGAACCUGAUGAAGGAGAAGAAACUCAGUCUAGUGGCUCUUAUCCAGCACUUUUACUCCAAGAUAAAAGCAGAAGAAAUACUCACCAGUUCAAAGAACAGAGUAAUGUUUGUCUUUGAUGGUCUGGACGAGUGUCGACUUCCUCUGCAGUUCAGACACAGUUCAAAGUGUUUUGAUGUGACAGAGCAGGUCUCAGUCGACAUGUUGCUGACAAACCUCAUCCAGGGGAAUUUGCUUCCCUCUGCUCUCCUCUGGAUCACCACCCGGCCAGCAGCUGCCAGUCAGAUCCCACAGAAGUGUAUGGACCAGGUGACAGAAAUACGGGGAUUCAACAAUCCACAGAAAGAGGAGUACUUUGGGAAGAGAAUCAGUGAUGAGAAUCUGGCCAACAGAAUCAUCAGACACCUGAAGUCAUCCAGGAGCCUCUACAUUAUGUGCCACAUUCCAGUCUUCUGCUGGAUUGCAGCCAUCGUUGCAGAGAGAACAUCAGAAGAAUCAGACAAAGCUGAAAUGCCAAGGACUAUGACUCAAAUGUACAGCCGCUUUCUCAUAAUUCAGACUAGCAUUAAAAAUAGCAAGUACACAGAGAGAAAAGAGACUGAAGAAGAGAUCAUUUCCAAACUGGGGAAACUGGCAUUUCAGCAGCUGGAGAAGGGCAACCUGAUUUUCUAUGACGAAGACCUGAGAGAGGCUGGCAUUGAUGUCACUGAAGCAUCAGUGUACUCAGGGGUGUGCACUCAGAUCUUCAGGGAGGAGAAGGAUGUUUACAAGGGGAGGGUGUUCAGCUUUGUGCAUCUGAGCAUCCAGGAGUUCCUGGCAGCUUUAUAUGUGUUUCUCUGCUUCAUCAGCAAAGACAGAACCAUGUCUCAACAGCAAACCUCUCAGCUCUCUGCUCUGUUCAGAGCUGCAACACUUCAUGAUUUGCACAAGACUGCAGUGCUUCUGGCCUUACAGAGUAGGAAUGGACACCUGGACCUUUUCCUCCGCUUCCUUCUGGGCCUCUCACUGGAGUCCAAUCAGACCCACCUAAAACACCUACUGCCAAAGACCAGUAGCCAAUCACAGAGCUCAGUGCAGACAGUACAGUAUGUCAAAGAGAAGAUAAGAGGUCAGAGUAGUUCAAAUAGAAUGAUCAACAUGUUCAGAGGUGAGAGUAGUUCAGACAGAAGGAUCAACCUGUUCUAUUGCUUGAAUGAGCUGAAUCAGCAUACUGUAGUGGAGCACAUUGACAGGGAGGAAGAAUGGCUGUCUGUAGAGAUGCUCUUACCAGGAGAGUGGAAGACUGACAUGUUUAGACUGAAGAUGUCAGAAGAGCAGCUGGAUAGGUUUGACCUGCAGACGUACAUAAAGACACCAGAGAAAGAUCAAACUGAACUCCUCAGCCCUGAUGAUGUUCUUCAGAAGCUGGUGCCAGUGGUCACAUCAUCCACAUCUGCACAGCUGCUUAAGUGUAAGCUGACAAAGAGGAGUUGUUCCCAUCUGGCCUCUGUCCUGACCUCACACUCCUCACAUCUUACAUGCCUGGAUCUGACUGUCAAUGAGCUGUUUGACUCUGGAGUGGAACUUUUAUGUUCUGGACUUCAACACCAAUACUGCAGAUUGGAAACACUACGGCUGGUUAACUGUAAGCUGACAGAGAAGUGUUGUUCCCAUCUGGCCUCUGUCCUGACCUCACACUCCUCACGUCUCACUUGUCUGGUCCUGAGUAUCAAUGGUUUGUGUGACUCUGGAAUGGAACUUUUAUGUUCUGGACUUCAACAUCAACACUGCAGAUUGGAAAUGCUACGGGUGGCUAAGUGUAAGCUGACAGAGAAGAGUUGUCUCCAUCUGGCCUCUGCCCUGUCCUCGCAAUCCUCACGUCUCACACAUCUGAACCUGGCCUACAACAAUCUGUGUGACUCUGGAGUGGAACUUUUAUGUUCUGGACUUCAACAUCAACACUGCAGAUUAGAAACACUAUGGCUGCAGACCUGUAAGCUGACAGAGAACAGUUGUUCUCUUCUGGCCUCUGCCCUGUCCUCAAACCUGUUAUGUCUCAAAGAGCUGUGGCUGGAUGAUAAUGGCCUGAGAGACUCAGAUGUUGAGCAGCUCCAUUCUCUGCAGAAAGAUCCCAACUGUAGACUGGAGACACUAGGGUGGUGGGACUAGUCUAGCAGCUGAGCAGCAGUGAGGAGCCCUGAGAUGACACCAGCACACACACACACACACACACACACACACACACACACACACACACACACACACACACA